AUGGAACCAGAGGAGCUAACAUUUCAAGAGAUAAAAGAAAUUACAGAUGGUUUCGCACAGGAACUUGGUCGUGGAUCAUUUGGAGUCGUUUACAAGGGAUUGACUAAAACUGGAAAGGAUGUUGCUGUGAAGUUGCUUCUUAAUCACAUAAAUAUUGACUACAAGCAGUUCCAUAAUGAGUUUAAUAGCCUCGCGAUGCUUCAGCACCCAAACAUCGUACAGCUUCUAGGCUAUUGCUAUGAAACAAAGCGAAAACCAAUGAAGUACAAUGGAAGACAACUGAUUGUUGAAGAGACACAUAGAGUGCUCUGCCUCGAGUAUUUGCACAAUGGGAGCCUUCGAAAGUAUCUAUCCGAUGUAGCUGAAGAUUUUAUUAUAGGGAGGACAGAUGAGAAGAAAAAAAUAAUUGAUUCAUUAAUUGAGGCCAUGACAGAAAAGAUCAUUAUCCUUCCUAUAUAUGGUAUUGGAGGAAUUGGCAAGACAACCUUUGCAAGAUUGAUUUACAAUGAUGCAAACUUCAGAUUUUAUUCUCAGGUGUGGGUCCAUGUGUCCCCGAUAUUUGACUUGAAGAAGAUUGGCGACUCUAUAAUUUCACAGCUACCUGAAAAACAGAGACAAACUAAGAAGAACCUGAUUGUCUUAGAUGACCUGUGGGAGGAUAAUCCAUUUCUACUAGAGGAUUUGAAAGUUAUGCUAAAUCUUGGUGACAGCAUCAACACAAUUGUUUUAGUAACUACAUGCAGUGAACAUGUCGCAGAGAAAAUUUGUACUAACAUUAAACCAUACAAGAUAAAACAUUUGACGAAUGACAUGUGCUGGGAAAUAAUAAAACAAAGAAGUGCCUUUGAAACUAGAGAUGACAAGAAAUACUUGACCAGUAUAGGAAAGGACAUUGCCCUGAAGUGUGGAGGUGUGGCUUUAGCAGCUCAAUCUGUUGGAUUCAUGUUGCGGUCUAUGAAAUCUAGUCAAUGGAUGGAAGUGAAAAACAAUAAUAUCUGGAAGGAAUCUAUCUCAGAUGAUGCCUCAUUACAAAAUCAAGUUCUUGCAUCUUUGAAGUUAACUUAUAGCUAUAUGGAUUCAUGCUUGAAGCCAUGCUUUACCUACUGUGCAAUGUUUCCAAAAGGUCAAAAGAUACAUAAAGAUGAUCUAAUUCAACAAUGGAUUUCUUUGGGUUUUAUCAAACCAACAGAAAUACACUCCAUUAUGGAACUCUGUGAAAAGUAUGUUGUCCAGCUCCUGGGAUUGUCUUUCCUUCAACAUUCUAUGUCAGCCCCGACUUAUGAAGGAGCAUAUCGUGAAAAACAAGACACAUUGUUCACAAUGCACGACCUGGUGCAUGACUUGGCAGUUUUACUCCUUGGCGAUGAAAUUAUGGAUCAGAGGCAGCAAGGCAAUACUUUGUCAAGCAGCUGCCGAUAUGCGUUGGUCACUGAUUCUAGCAAACCACUGGAGUUAUGCUUGUCAUCUUGUGCAAGGCUAACAGCACUCCGUUUUAUUGACUGCCGCAGAACUGAACUGUGUGGUUCUGCAUUUGCACCUGCUAACUUCCUGCGAGUAUUGGAUUUAAGGGAGUGCCAUAUACAGAAAUUACCAGAAUCUAUUGGUCAGUUACAGCAGUUGAGCUAUCUAAAGGCUCCUGAAAUCCAAGAUCAAUUGAUACCCGAUUGUAUCACCCAGCUCUCAAAAUUAAAUUACCUUUACAUUAGUGGAUCUGAGAUCUCAGCACUUCCAGAGUCAAUUGGAGAAAUGGCAGGUCAUGUGCAUCUCGAUAUAUCAUUCUGUUCAGAAAUAGAACAAUUACCAUUGUCCUUCAGGAAUUUGGAAAAUUUGGUGCAUCUGGAUUUGUCACACUGUUCACUUAUCACUGGUGUAUCAGAAUCACUGGGAAGCCUCAGGCGACUGCAACAUUUGGACCUGAGAUGGUGCACAAGUAUUGGAGAAGAGCUGCCAGGAGCAUUGGGCAGCCUCACAGAACUGCAAUAUUUGAACUUAUCACACUGCUCUUACCUUGAUGUUCCUGACGCUGAGGUCUUGGGCAAUCUAAACAAACUCAAGUAUUUGAACCUAUCUUCAGCAGCAUCACCGCUGAGAAGACUUCCAGAAUCUUUGGGGAGCUUCACUGAACUGGAGUAUUUGAACUUAUCAGGCUGUCGACAACUAGAAGAGUUGCCAGCAUCAUUUGGGAAGCUCUGUAGUCUGACAAAGGCAACACGUGAGCUCCAAAUUCUUUCAGGAAGCCAUGAACAAGCUCAUAGAACUACGCUUUUUAAAUUUAUCAAAUUCGGUGUAUUUCUGUGGAAGCCAGUCAAUGAGGACCCCACUGUCUUGGAGAUCAGCAGUCUUGAAAAUGUGAAGUCCGUCGAGGAGGCGAAAACGGUUAAACUAUUGGAGAAACGAAUGAUCUAUGAUCUGAAAUUUGAGUGGACUAGAGAUGCAAAGAGAUUUGUGGAGGACAUAGAAGUGCUCACGGAACUAGUGCCCCCAUGUAAUGUACAAUCAUUUUUUCUACAAGGUUAUAAUAGCUUGACAUUUCCGUCCUGGAUGAUGGGCAUUACUAGCUAUUUACCUCAACUAAGUUAUGUUUCACUGAAGGAGCUUCCCUGGUGCAGCGCCCUACCACCACUCGAUGAGGAAUCAGGUGGUCAUCUGCAGACACAGAGCGACAAAGCGGUGGACCAACAUCUACGGGAAAAAAUCCAAAGGCUCACUAAAUUGGUUAUACAACAUGUUAUACGCGACGCCAAGCCAUCAAGGAUGUCAAUGCGGUGCACAGAGGCAGAAGGGAGACAUCUGGUUAAACGCAAGAAGGCGCCAUAUGAUGCAGGCCACAUCACGGUGGAGUCGUCGGCCACCAAUCCGUGGGAGAUGCAGCCCGCGGUGGCCAUAGCGCGUCUGCCAGAGUGCGAGCACGCGUACAAUUUGGUAGGGGAGCCAGGCGGCGUCCGCACUUGGUGA